CGCGCCGUGAAUGCGAUUGAACGCGAUGUUACACGCGCGCUAACCUACCGUGUCGUUUCGUUCUCGCGGCGCAUCGCAAGGAAGAAUCGUGCAAUACGCGAGAGCAGGAUAACUUGGUGCGCGCUUGUACGUAGAAACGAAGCGCCAGACCUUGCCGUGUCACGAUCGUCACGGGGCGUCGUCGAGAGGUUGAGGUUGUGAGGUUAGGGACGUCGCCCGUGUGUGCGCCGUUUACGGACAGCGUAGUGUCGCACACUCGCACGCACGCACGCACGCACGCACACACGCAGCCACCUGAAGCAAGCUGUGCUCGUGGACGCCACUGUCAGUUUUACAUUCAACUAGUGGAAGAACCCCGGGGCGAGUACUAAAUGGCGUAACGGCGGCGCUCGUGGACAACGCACGACGGGAAAGAGAGAGAGAGAGAGAGAAAAAGAGAGUGAGAGAGAGGAGCUGGAAGAAAGGCGCGGAGCCUUUGAUUGUCCGUACCGUGACGUAAAGAAGCCAAAGUAUUAUUGAAAAGUCGCAUUAACGAUAUAGAGACCAUAGAGGAGUAGGCCGAGUGAAAGAGAGGUAAUCGCCGUUAGAGGAAGUCUCUCGCAAAGUGUAAAAGAGGAAAAAGGAAGCCAUAAGCACGAUGAGUGAGAGACGUGGUACGAAGGCGCUGGAGCUUUGGUGCCGUCGGAUAACCGACGGUUAUCCGGGUGUAAACGUGCAAAACAUGACCACCUCCUGGAGAGAUGGGCUCGCCUUCUGCGCCAUGAUUCAUCACUUUCGGCCGGACCUCAUCGACUUCAACAGCCUGAACAAGGACGAUGUGUACAGAAACAACGAGCUGGCUUUUAGAACAGCCGAGCAACAUCUUGGAAUUCCCGCACUCCUAGACGCCGAAGACAUGGCGUCCUGCAUGGUGCCCGAUCGAUUGUCCAUUCUCACCUACCUCUCGCAAUUUUAUCAAACUUUCGGAGGAUCUUCACCCAGCCGUCUGGCGACAAACAGAACAACCGAAAGUGCCGACGACAGGAUCGCCCCUGUUCCAGAAUCUCCUAAACAAAAGGUGGGGUCGCGUCUGGGGAUGCGGAGAGAUCCGUGCGCCGCAUGCGGGUUACCGGUCUUCCUGGCGGAGAAGCUGCUGAUAGCGCGCGCUCCUUAUCACCGUACCUGCUUCCGGUGCGCCCGCUGCUGUAACCAGCUGACGCCGGGCAAUUACUACGAGACCGAGGAAGGCCAGUACUGCUGCGAGACGUGUCCGGACGAAGAGGAGACUGAUAGCGUGCACCACAAGUACGCCGAGUCAACGAUGUCCGACACGGAAAGAGAGAAAAAUGAACCGAGAUCGCUUAGCGACGAGGAGAAAACGGAAAGAAAGAGUGUACUGGAGAACGCAGCGGUACCUGAUUUGAUUUCUCAUACGUCGCAAAUGCGCAAGAGCUUCAUGACCAGUCAUCUUCUUUCCGAGAAGUUCGAGUCUACCGUAAAGGAUACAUUCGCGAGCACGAAAAGCGACUUGGAUCAUCGUCAGGAAACAAAUAGCAGGAUCGACUCGGCAUUCCCAGACGACGACGAGAACGAGGAGGAGGAGGAAGAGGAGGAGGAGGAAGAGGAGGAAUCCCACAGCUCCGUAACGGAUUCCCCAGAUAUGGAGGAGUCCAACAUUGAGCGAUACGAUGUACAUAGCGCGUUAAAUAGCUUAGAUAUUAGGAGCGACAAGGAUCAGCGAUCGACUGCCAUUUCAUUCCAUGACAUAGGUAAGCAGAGAAAAGAGGAUAAUACCAAAGAGUCGCCAGGAUGCGCCGGUGAACGUGCCAAUCCCGAAACAAGAUUGUCAUUGGUUCAGAAGAGACUUCAAAUGUUUGAGAAUCGGGACAAAAGGGAUCACGUCGAUAGAACGGAUCAAAGUAACAAAAGAAAUCCAGUGGCUCAGGAUAUCACAAUGGUUCAAGGCGACUCCUGGGACCUGUCACCGGAUGUUCUCCCAAUGAAUGAGGAAGAACGACCGGAAAAGAGGCUCGAGGAAGACUCAAUAAUUAAAAAUACUGAUAAACAUAAAGACAGUUUCGAGGAUGUCGGCAAACAGCAAAAAGAAGACUCGAAGAUUACAAAUAACGAGGAGAACUUUUCUAAAGACUUUGUACGAGUGAAUAACGAAGAUCGUCUUAAUAAAGAUAAACCGCAAGAGGAUAGCGCAAAAGUUCGAAGUAUUGAAAAACGAAAAGACAACUUUACGAAGAUUGAGAAUGAACGAAUCGAAAACAAUAAGAUGGAUGAAGAGCAUUACGAGAAUGCCAUGGGAAGCAGAGUGCUAACCGCGAAAGGCAUCAAUUUAAGUGACAAUGAGAAUUAUCCAGAAGACUUGAAUCCCUUCAAGAGCGACGAAGAAGAUAACGCAGAGAAGGGUAAACCACGGACUGUGAUAAACAGCUCUAAAAGCAAUAAAGUGUCGACUAAUCCAUUCGACAGUGAAAAUAAGGAUAUCGAAGAGCCAGAACCGCCAAAACCGGCGAUAAGAAAUAAACCGGAGAAUCGAGGAACGUCUGUGACAAAGCGGGUCCUCGCGGCGCCACAAAUUAAUCUUAAUCCAUUCUGGAGCGACGAAGAAGAGGAACACGGUAGCGACGAGGAAAACCGAGAUAGAACGCCAUCUGGAAAUGUGCCUAUACCGAAACCGCGUACCAUUAAGACUACUCCCGAAGUAAAUGUUGUACGGAGAGUCGACUUAGAUCGUGGAGGCUUGUACGCAUCUAAUAGUUCCUUAACCAGCUCCGAAUCAACUAUAACUCCCGGUGGAACAUAUAGGAAGAAAAAACCUGCGCCGCAACCACCAGUCGCAAAAGAAUUGUUUCCGUCUAAUCAGCAAUCGCCUAUACUCAAAUCGCAUAAUAGCACAUUACCGUCGUAUCACGAUUCAUCACCUCGCACAACGCCACGAGCUCGAAAAACCAAGCCGGCUCCUCCACCGCCAAUGCCAACCAGCACACCUCGUAAUAUAUCGAUCGGCAAAGGAUUAAGUUUAGAUGAGUCUCCCAUAAUCAAACUUCGUGACGAUGAUCGUAAUUUGAAUAUGUGGGAAGAUCAGAAGACAAACAAAGACGAGGCGAAUCGAAACAGGCAGAGUUUGAGCAGUAUCUCGUGCACUGAUAGUUCCUCUUAUAUGUCUUAUACUGACAAAAGCGUGCAAGGAAAGUGGAAGAGGAAAAAGGGCCCCGCCCCACCGCGUCCAAUUCCACAUAGAAGAAAGAUUAAAGUAAUCUCUAUGAAAGACGUGAAAUUGGAAUUAGAUGAAAUAGAAUUGCAACAGCAAGGCUUAGAAAGACAAGGCGUGCGAUUGGAACAGUUGAUACGAGAUAAAUGUGAAUCCGGACCUCGAACAGACGAUUCAUCGCUCGGUACAGAUGUGGAGGAAUUGGUUUUAGAAUUAUUCGCAUUAGUAAAUGAAAAAAAUGAACUAUUCAGAAGACAGGCUGAAUUGAUGUUACUACGGAGGCAACAAAGAUUAGAAGAGGAACAUGUUGAAGUAGAAUAUCAAAUACGAUGUCUCAUGUGCCAACCAGAAGCUACUAAAACGGAUUUCGAUAAACAAAGAGAAGAAGCAUUGAUACAAAGGUUAGUAGAAAUUGUAGAGAGGAGAAAUGAAAUUGUCGAAUGCUUAGAAAUGGAUCGUCGAAGAGAAGUAGAAGAGGAUAAAAGCAUAAAUAAACAUAUGGGUUUAUUCGCUGCGAGAAAUAAAAACGAGCUAGCAAACAAAGGCAACGAUUCUUCUAAUGCAGAGAAAACGAAAAAAGGAAAAACAAAGGAGAAAGUAAAAGAAAAGAAGUUGAAAAAGGCCACAAAAAAAGAUGCCGACAAGGAUGUGGAUGAGACUGAGGUGAAACUCAAACGCCAUGGCAAAAGAAAAUGGUUUUGAGUUGCGAUAGUGUUAACAGUUAACGAUUACGAUAGAUGUAGAAAAUAUUUCAUAUUUAAUACUUUUAUAUAUAUUUUUAACACCUGUUAUUUAUAUAUAUAGGAAUUUAUGCUAAGAUUAUUAAUAAAAUCUCCCAUUUAAUUGCUCCUAA